AUGGCAAUCAUCGAAGAGGUCCCCGACUCGCCACCGGCCCAGAGGCAAGACGAGCCGAUAAUAGAGGACGUGACGGACGCGAACGCGACAACGUCGACGCUGCUCGUCGAGCCGGUGCGGGCCAACAGUGCGCAGGAGCUGGCGUCGACGCUCAAGGCGCUCUCUGCGCGGCUGGCGCUGCCGGACGACCUCCUCCCGUCGUACUUGAACGAGCCGCGGCCCGACCUAGCGGAAGAGUAUCGCGCGCAUGCCGAACAGCUCCUGCGCCACAUCCACUCGGGGACAGAGCAUCCCCUGUGGCCUGCCGUCCCCCUCCCCGAGCAGUCCGACAUCCUGUCCGACGUCGUGCGCCUGCACGGUGUCGAUGUGUGGACCUCGCCCGCGCUUGUAUCCCUCGUCGACGCCAUCGCAGCGGGCACGAACAACACGCCCGAGGUCGCGUGCCACAUACUCGAACAUAACCUCCGCCCGCUCUUCUCGCCGCACCCGCACCUCGCUGACACUCGCGCCCGGCAGCGCGCAGCAGGCGGCGACGGCGCCAUGGGGGACAUGCACGAGUCGCAGGCGUUCAAGAGCGCGCAAGGGUGGGGGAGCCACAACGCGCUCCGGUGGUGCGCUGUCUCCCUCCCCGGUAGCCUGCUCGACAGGCGCCUCGGGCUCGUCCUCCCGCCGACCCUCGUGCUCAUGGACGACUGGGAGCCGGCCUGGCGCGACCGCGGCGCGUGGGUCCUGUCCGGGUGGGUCGGCGCUAUCCCCGCCGACGAGCUACGCCGGCGCGGGCUGGACGCACUGUUCGUCAAGAGCCUCGUCCACUCGCUCUCCCUCCACUCGGCCCCACUGCCACACGUGUUGCCCGUGACGCUGUCCCUCGUGGCCCACCUGGACAGCAAGGCACGCGCCGACGCGCUCUCCGACAUCGUCGACAAGGCGCUCGUCUCGGGCUGGGCGUACGCGCCGAGCGGGGCCGAGGGACGGGCGGUGUUAAUCAACGUCGCUGCCACGCUCGAGACGCUGUGUGGCGUCCUCGGGACAGGCAUCGCGCGGUGGCUCAAGAGCAUCGUGCCCGCCCUGCUCGAGCCAUUGCAGUACUCUCCCUCUUCAGCCCAGCUGCCCCAUUUCGAAGCAAACGCGCACGCGCUGCUGGUUCUGCUGCGCACGCUGCGGUCCACUGGCCGCGUCGCGCGCUGGCGCGGGCAGAUCCUCGACGUGCUUUCUCGUCUUUGGGUGCAGAUCCGCGAGCGUGACUUUGGCCUCGAUGGCCCCGAGGCUAUCGACUCGUCGCUCCGUAUCCAGGGCCUAGUGCGGGACGUGUUUGCCGAAGUCGGGGCCGAGGUGCCCUCUGUCAGAAGUACCGAGUUCGCCACACUCCUCUCCCUCAACGCCACCGUCUUCGCCCCUCUCGUGGCUCCGACCGGCGCCUGAGUCCCACGCCCAGCCCCACCCACA